AUGGACCUUCGGUCGACAUUAUCCUUCUCCGCUGCCAUUAUUUUUCUCACAGUGCACAGAGGUCAUUGCACAAGUAUCAUUGGAGGGAAGGAAUCAGCUGCACAUUCAAGACCCUAUAUGGCUGCCUUAAUGAGCGGCAAACAUUUAAUUUGUGGAGGAACUUUGAUCCAAGGAAACUGGGUGCUAACUGCAGCUCACUGUUCUAUAGAGAAUGGAACAACUAUUAUCCUUGGUGCUCACUCAUUAUCCAAAAAUGAGCCAGAGAAGCAGAUUUUUGAAAUUACCAGAGUGUGUGGCCACCCGAAGUAUAACAAAAAAACCAAGGAAAAUGACAUUAUGCUUUUAAAGCUUAACAGAAAAGCAAAGAUGACUCGAGCUGUAAAAAUCAUGAAGAUGCCCAGAAGUUAUGAUGAUAUGAAGGCAGGAACUCGAUGUCUAGUGACUGGAUGGGGAAUUACUGAAAAUGGAGGGAAAGGACCUGAUACACUGCAUGAAGCUGAAGUCACCAUCAUAUCCAGAGACGUCUGCAACGACAAGAACCACUAUGAUGACAUAGCUGUGAAAAAGAGCAUGGUGUGUGCUGGUGGUGUCAAAAAGAAAAGGACCGAUACAUGUAAAGGUGACUCUGGUGGGCCUUUAAUAUGUGGAGGAAUACAAAGAGGCAUCACUUCUUUUGGUCGAAGAGGAAAAUGUGCUGAUCCCAAGUACCCGGGUGUCUAUACUCGUCUCACAAAGGACUAUCUUGAAUGGAUUAAAAAAAUCAUGGGGGAAAAUCUAGACUGA